GGAAAAAAUGCAACAAAUAAAUAUUUUUAAAAUAUUAAUUUUAAUAUUCCUUCCAGCUAUUAUUAAUGCCCUAGACAAUGGUUUAGCACGAACUCCUCCAAUGGGUUGGAUGUCUUGGACAAAGUUUUACUGUGAGAUUGACUGUGCUCAUCACCCUUUUAGUUGCAUAAAUGAGAGGCUUUAUAAAGAUAUGGCCGAUAGAAUGGUAGAGGAUGGCUUCCGCGAUGCAGGCUAUGUUUCAGUCCACAUAGACGACUGCUGGAUGCAACGAAAACGAGACAAUAAAGGACGCUUAUUAGCGGAUGAUAAACGCUUUGCUUCGGGAAUGGGGGCAUUGGCAGAUUAUAUGCAUUCAAAGGGUCUCAAAUUAGGAAUUUAUGAAGACAUUGGAACAGCAACAUGUGAAGGAUAUCCAGGCACUUGGGGGCAUUUGAAUGAGGAUGCAACCUCUUUUGCUGAAUGGAAAGUGGAUUAUCUCAAGUUGGAUGGGUGUAAUUUGAAUGCUUCUCUUAUGGCUAAACAAGGUGAUAAAGAACUUUCCCUCUAG